AUGUACCAGGAAGAAAUCGAACACAACUGGCCCACGCCGCCCGAAUGGACCUGGAAGAGCCGCUGGUGUCUGCGCUCCGCCCAGGCCCUCAUGCACCCCGAUCAGAUCGGCAAGCUCAUGACCAACUGGCCCAUGGUCGCCGGGUACCUGCGCGAGCUGCUCGAGCGGCUGGAGGACGCCAACAGUGCCGACGGUAAGGGCGUCGUGCCGCAGGGCGACGACCACGGCGGGUUCCUCGUCGAGGGCGUCGGCCGCACCGGCCUCGACGUCUCGGCCAAGAGCGAGCCCUGGCGCCGUGGCUACUUCCAGGCCCUCAUGGGCGCUGCCAAAGCCGCUGAGAGCCUCGAAGGCUGGCUCACCGACCGCAAGCAGCGCAUCUCCGCCCCCGCCGACUACGUCGUCGGCCCGUCCAACCCCCGCCACAAGCCCAUGCCCGCCGGCCAGAGCAAGGUGCCCCGCGAGGAGGACUGCGAGCCCGCCUCGCCCAGCCCCGAGGUCUUCUACCUCCGCAUCCUGACCACCCGCGGCUUCGACACGCGCCAGAAGCUCGACGCCGCCCUCGCCUAUGCCGACUGGCUCGACUACAAUGGUCUGCAGGUCACCGCCCGCGACAUGUACACCUGGGCGAUGGACAUUGCUGCCGCUGGGUGCGCGGACGCGCCCCGCGUCGUCGAUCUGAAGACCGGCGUGCUCAAGAAGGACGCUGCAGUCAGCGCGGGCAGCCCGCCCCUCCCCUCGGAGAACAUCCUGCGCGUGUCCACCGCGCUGGCCGUGCACCACGCCCGCCACGGCAACCUCCCCACCGCCCUGUCCAUCUUCACCUCUGUGCUGCAAGCCCGGCGUGCCCUCCCCCCGGUCUCACCCGACAGCCCCCUGACACUCCCCGCGCUCCCCUCCCUGACCCGCCCCAACGACCCCAUCCGCCGCUUCUUCACCUCCCUCAAAAACAUGUUCAGCCCCGUGGAGUACCCGCCCGCGCUCCCCAGCGGCGACGCCCCACCACCCCGCACCCCGGCCUCCGUCUGCGACGAGGCCGGCCUGAUGACCUACAUCGGGGAGAUCCUGUUCGCGUCCUCGUCGCAGGAGAAGGGGCUGGCGUGGACGCGCGACGCCGUCGACAUGGCCGAGACGACGAUGAUGGAGCUGGGCGAGGGCGUGGACGCGCGCCACCGCUGCGCCGAGUGUCUGCGCGUCGGCCUCGAGAACUGGAAGACCAUGGUGGGGCGGUUGGUUGCGCAGGCCGAGCGUGCGGAGCGCGAGAGCCGCCAGCAAGCAGAGAAGGCGUGGUUUGGCGGUGCGAGCCGUGUCAAGACGUUGGAGCUGGAGCGGAAGCGCUGGGAGGCGGAGCAGAUGAUUCUGGAUGAUCGUGUACGGCGGCUGUGGCCGCUUAUUGAGGGGGAGUCUGGAUUGGAGGGGAUUGCGCCGAAUAGUUCGUUGUUUGUGUGA